CGCGCUCAUUGAGGAAUCUAAUCUUAUUCACUUUCGGGAUGUAUUGAGUGUAAAAACAUAUCAAAUGGUCAAAGUUUACAGGUUCAAGGAAUCUGUUCUGACCCAGAAAGGUUUGCAGACGCUGCAUGUGGAUUUUGCUGAAAGUUUUCUAGGAACAACAAAGGCUCCGUGGACAGGUCAAAGAUGAUUCCACCUCGAGAUUGUUUGUAUGCUGGUCGAAAAAGGAAAAAACCUAUUCAGAAACAGAGACCAGAGAUAGCAGGGCAGAAGUCGAACCCAUCCAAGCGACACCGUGACCGUUUAAAUGCAGAACUGGACCGGUUGGCGAGUCUGCUUCCCUUCAGUUCAGAUAUCAUUUCCAAACUGGACAAACUGUCAGUCCUGAGACUCAGUGUCAGUUACCUAAGGGUGAAGAGUUUCUUUCAAGCUGUCCAAGAGAAUGAGAAUCAUAGCAGUGAUGCCUCGAAACCUGAACACAGGAAAGAGAUUCUGGCCUCCGUCAUAGAGAGUGACCUUCUGUUACAGUCUCUGAAUGGAUUCGCACUGGUUGUGAGCACAGAUGGCGUUAUUUUCUACGCAUCAUCCACUAUUGUCGACUACUUGGGAUUUCAUCAGACGGACGUGAUGCACCAGAACAUCUUUGAAUAUAUCCAUGUGGAGGAGAGACAGGAGUUCAGGAGACAGCUUCACUGGGCGAUGAACCCCAGCCAGCAGGAGCCCCACACUGCUCCGGGAGCUGUAGAUGAGGAUGUUGUGAUGGGUCAUCUGUUCAGUGCUCAGGAGCCUCAUGGAGUUUCUCCUGAACUGUCUCCAUUCCUCAAACGGUGCUUCCUCGCUCGAGUACGCUGCCUGCUGGACACCACAUCCGGCUUCUUGAGCAUACAGUUUCAGGGCCGUCUGAAGUUCUUGCAGGGUCAGAGGAGGAAGACGGACUCUGGAGCUCUGCUGCCGCCUCAGCUCGCUCUGUUCUGUGUGGCUGUUCCUCUGGUCCUGCCCUCAACCACUGAACUCAAGAUGAAGAGCAAACACAAAACCUCUGCCAGCAGUGAGAAGAGGCACCGUGUUUCCCGUGGUUCAUAUGACAAUGAAGACUUACUUCAUCUUAAUUGGUCCAGCACUUCCUGUCCUGACAGUUCCUGGUCAGCUCUGGCCAGUAAGAGGUACAGAGGGGAGAGCUGCAAAACCCAAGAGGAGCCACUCAGCUUCUGUGUUUCCUCUCUGGGUGGUUCUAGACUGCAGUCUGUGGAUGUUCCCUGGGACACCCGCUGUCCUUCUGCCUCACGGACAGGACCUGAUGAAAAUUAUCUCCAUGACAGCUUCAACAAAAACAGCCACUCAGGAAAAUUAAGAAUUUCCCCAAGUUAUAGCAUAGACACGCAGAAACUAUGCACUCACAAUGAGAUGGAGAGUUAUUGCGCAGAUGGGAAAGGAGAGAGAAGGUACACGAUACAGAAUGAAUGUUACAACAUGCUACUCCCAGAAGCAGCCAUUAAGACCGAACAAGAUUCAGACUCUGAAAACGGGAGUAUCACGAAUGGGACACUCUGGCGUCAAAAUAUGAUGUUUCCUGAAUAUCCACAGGUAAAAACAGAGGCUGAAUACUAUGACCACUACACCUCAUGUCAAAGGGGCAAAGCUGCCAUCAGCUCUCCUAUAAUAAAUGGACAUCACAAGUAUCUCUACGCAGGAGUGAGCAAACCUCUUAAGUGUGUCCUGAACAAAGACCUGAAUCACUUUGACUCUGUAAUUAGCAAUCAGGAUGGAUAUGUGUUUACAAAUGCCACUGUGGAUCAUAAAAACUACAUGCAGCAAGACAUCAGAUUGACCUAUGAGUUCAGAAGUCAAAAUCUGUUGCAUGCGAUCAAACGAGAGCCUGUCGACUCUUUGCCUUGGUCUGAUAGUUGUCAUGAUGUUAGUCAAGGGCAUGCACAACUAAAUAUGACUUCAAACUGCUCUGUGAACACUGUACUACACAAAGCAAACCCAUAUGUUUACAUGCAGUGAACUCAAUCAGUGACUUAAGUCAACAUUCCAGCUUAUUAAUUAGACAGAACCUGACUGUUAAAAUCAAAUGCAAAUGCUCAGGGUUUUUCAAUUCUUUAAGACAAAGGAGAAAAAUAGACUUUGGUUUUAUAAGGUAUAAACCCCUUUUAUUUGGGUUUUAUAAGGUGAUUUGUUUUUUAAAAGAAGUUUUGUAUUUUGGCACUUUUAGGUUGUAUGUCAUUUUUGAUUAGUUGAUCUACAUGCGAUACUCAUGUUGUCAGCUGGCCUUUCGUUUCCCUGAUGGGUUAAUAGAAUGAUAGGAAACAAAAUGACCGAUAAUAGCCACAUUUAGAAUUUAUUUAUUACAGGGAUGACAUGUAGAGGUCACAAAUAUAGGGAAAACAUUGUCAGUAUUUUGUGUGUGAAGACAAAUAAAACAAU